AUGGAAGCCCCUUUGAGCAAGAGGAACCCCGCGUUAAGAUUAGCGGAUUUGGCAGCGACUCAAGUCCUUCCUCACCAGAACAUGACAGGCUUCCCGGGGCUAGGGGGGCAUCACCCGCUCUCCCACCAUGCCCACCUCCACCCUGGGGAGCUGGCCAACGACCCCGGCGUAGCUCUCACUCCUUUCGGACCCGAGCACAUGGCACAGACCAGUGCUCUCAAACUUAGCCCCUCGCAACACAUCCAGAGUCACCACGAAGCGCAGACCGCGGCGGCGGCGGCGGCGGCUGCUGCGGCUGCGGCGGCGAGCGCUGCCUCCUUCGCUCCGACUCAGAGUUUCCCCGUGGCCCACCACUCCCACCCGGGCUACUCGAGCAGCAGGGACUUGAUCCUCAGGAGAGAACUCUCAGCCUCCGCCAUGCACGCGCUCGGCGACCAAUCCGCCGCCUCCCCCCAUCACCACCACCAUCACCACCACGGCGUGUUCAUCUCGCCAACAGGUGCGUACGGCCACGCGGAAAGCGGGGCCCACUCUCUCUUUCCGGGGCUUCACGAGCAAGCCUCCCCGGGCGCGCACACGCACCACCACGCCCUCAACGGGCAGAUGCGCCUGGGUCUACCCGGGGACCUCUACGGUCGCUCGGAGCACUUCGGGGCCCGGCCGGAUCACUACGGAGCCUCCACGCUGCACGGCUACAACAACGUCAACGCUGCCCACGGACCCGCGGGGGCCUUCUUGCGCUACAUGCGGCAGCCUAUCAAACAGGAGCUCAUCUGCAAGUGGAUCGAGCCGGAGCUGCAGAGUCCUAAAAAGCCUUGCUCCAAGACCUACAGCACCAUGCACGAGCUGGUCAACCACGUCACGGUGGAGCACGUCGGCGGGCCCGAGCAGAGCUCCCACGUCUGCUUCUGGGAGGAAUGCCCACGGGAAGGCAAAGCGUUCAAGGCCAAGUAUAAACUUAUCAACCACAUCCGAGUGCACACCGGGGAGAAACCCUUCCCGUGUCCCUUCCCGGGCUGUGGGAAAGUGUUUGCCCGCUCUGAGAACUUGAAAAUCCACAAGAGGACACACACAGGCGAGAAGCCCUUCAAGUGCGAGUUUGAAGGCUGUGACCGGAAGUUCGCCAACAGCAGCGACCGGAAGAAGCACUCCCACGUGCACACGUCCGAUAAACCCUACUACUGCAAGGUGCGCGGCUGCGACAAGUCCUACACGCACCCGAGUUCCCUACGUAAACACAUGAAGGUGCACUGCAAGAGUCCCCCGCCGACCGGCAACAACACCACCGCCUACAUCACCUCCAGCAACCCGCUCGGGGUCCCCCUCUCCCCGCAGCGGAACCGCUCGGCGAGCCUGUCCCCGCAGGUGACCAACCUGAACGAGUGGUACGUGUGUCAAGGCAGCGGAGGUGGGGUGCAUCAUCAACAGCCGCAGCACGACCUGCACUCCCCCUCCAGUGACGUGCCCACCUCAGAGUCUGAAGAUGACGAAACGUUUAGAGACUCGGACCCCAGGACGAUGCUAUGA